AUGGAUGAUGAGGUAAUGGUGGAGAAAAUCCCCGGCAAAUCAACGGUCAAGAUCCGCCACUGCUCUAUAGUAAGGAGACCUAGCCGCAUGACUACAAUCUUUGUGAUUAUAUGGGUACAAUACAUUGAUCCCCCAAGUUCGAAAGAGUUGUUAGUGAUGGAGAAACUAAGAAAGUUUUCCUUCUUUGAUCUGGACCUUGCCGAGGAAAAGACCAAGGGUGAUGGUAGAAACCUUUCAAAAAUAGACGAGAAUGCUCAAAUUGUCGUGGAGCGCAUUGAAACUAGGUUGCCCUUGAGAGAAGGUUACUCCUGGUUGUUCCUUGUGUGA